UUGAUAUUUGAUAUUCCAGAAUCCAAACUAGAAGAAUUAAAAUACUACUCAGAUUUUUUUAAUUCUCAAAUAAUAACGAUUCACUAAACAUCUGUUUUCUGGUCAGAUAGUUAUUUUAGUUAUUUAUGUUACACACCGUAGCACAAAUGUAAUCAAAUUUUAGUUUAAAAUACAAACAAAACAAAUACCAAAUUUAGAAGUUUUGGCCCAGCUAUCAUACUAAUAAAUGCAACACUGUUUGAUAUUUUAUAUUUUGGGAGUGCCUUUUUGCCGCUCUCUAUAUUCAGCCGUAUUCAAUGCAUUAAAAAGAGAGUAUUUGUAGUUUAGCCCGCGCGAAUGCUUUCUACAGGCAUAAAGAACAAAACAACAAACAAAAACAAAUGUUUUCUGUCGUCAAUGACUGCGGCGGCAACAACGGCAGUGUACUGAGUGUACAUCGUGAAAUUUGACGUUUCCUGUUCGGUUUAUUAGUGCGGUUCUUUUAGUUAUUAGUAUUGUGCAGUUAAAUAUGUCCAAGAAAAGAGUUUGCAAUUAAGAAGCUUUUAAUAUAAAAUUCGAGGUAGAUGUACUUUUGUAUAUAUACAUAUGAAUCAGUGCACAAAAUACUUAAAUUGCAAAAAUAGCAGAAGUAUUUAUCUCAUAAUAAUAAACUGCAUACAAUAAAGUUGGAAAGGCAACUACGAUUAUUCUCGUACGAGGACUACAAAAAAAGACGGAGAAAUAUCUUGGAGACUCUGCCGUUUUGGACAUGUCAUGUCAGCACGUAUCACGACUCAUUACAACAGCAGCAACAUCAGUUUUAUCUGAAGAUCAGGAUCCGUAUGUGUUCACAGAAACAGUGCCAACAACGCCACCCAUUUUAUUUAACGCUCAGAAAUCGCGAAGCAAGGUAUACUUAGACGCGCACACUAUAGCAACUACCCCAACGUCAAUACAAAGUUUAUCCCCAACACCAACCAUUAGUGCAGCAGCCCCAACCAUAGCAACACCAACGCCGGUGGCAUUAGCAGUCGCUUCAACCGUAACCAAUAAACGACAAACACCAAUAGUCACAACCAACGCUAAAUUAAAAUUCAAUCAGAAACUGCCAUUGGGACCGUUGAAUGGCAAUAAUACAAAAACGCAGGCGGCAUCGACGUUGGCUGCUGCAACGGGCCACAAUGGGCCCACAGCAGCGGUCGCGGCUAAAGCGGUUUCACCUUCAACUGUGAAAACAACAAAUUCGCAAACCCAGAAGCAGCAGCAACAGCAUAAGAAAGCUUUAAAUGUGUGUAUAGUGCGACCGCAGCAGCAGCAGCAGCAACAACAGCAACUGACUCAGAAGGUGCGACAACAACAAAAUUAUAAAGCGCAACAGCAGCGGAAACAAGCAUCAUCGCCACCGCCAUUAUUUCAGCACACCCCAUCUCUAUGGCAAACGCCAUUGCUAUUGGAUACGGGGUCGGCAGUGGUUAGCCCACCGACAUCGCCCGCUUCAUUGUCCUCCCCGCCGGUUGCGGUUGCUCCAACACCCACCUCGGUAACAUUACCGACAGCAGCAGCAACAGCCAUGGUUAGCCCGCUAAUUACAGUAACAGCGACAACAUUGCCACCAUCUAAAUUUCAUCACAACACAUUGGCACAGCAUUUACAGAAAUUAGAAUGCAUUAAAAAGCCAAAGAAACCAAUUGCUGUCGGCAAUGUUCAUAACGGUAAGUCUAUAAAUCAGUUUCAAAUGCAACAAAAUAUUCAGGAGCAGGACACAGCACUGAAGCAGAACCAAACGUCAUUGUUGCUACAGCAGCAGACGCAAAAAAACUUCAGUGAAAUAGGCGCCAAAACUGUAAUUGUUCAACCGACGGCGGCAUCAUUGCAAGCUCAUGUGACUCAACAGUCACAAUCGCAGACGCAAAUGCACAAAUCACCUAUGGCUAUGAUGCCCUCUAUACCGCCUCCAUUGCAGGCAAUCCAGGCGGUCUCACCACCACAACAUUCCGAUUCCGAUUUGAAUGAGAUUCCAGUAAAUGUUAUAUUUCGCAAACCACAGACGAGUGAAAUGCUUCAGGCACAACUCGGUGGCAGUGUAAGUGCGAACGCUAUGAACCAUACUGCAAGUACCAAAAGUAGCAGUGUUGUCAAUGCAACGGUAAAUAAUAGGGGCUCGGCAAUUGAAAUAAACAAAACGAGCCCAACCAAAAUAAAACCCAAAUCAAUAUCUACGGCUGUCACGGUCGCUGAAUCUACAACCCUGGCAGCAUCAACUUUACCACUUGUUCCACAUGUGUUAAGCGAAAUUGUUUUUACGCACACCGGACCGGCGAAAAUUGCGCCGAGCGAAGAUACUUCGGGGCUACCUGCCCACAUAUACAACACACCUCAUCACCAAUCACCUGCCGCUAUACAUAUACAGCAGCAAAAUAUGUCUUCCAUGGCAAAGCCAUCACCUCCAACAACAACAGCACAACCGCUAAAAUAUGAUACUGCAACCCCUGCUCAACUUGCACGUAAGCCAGUAGAUGGUAUUAAAGACGCUUGGGAAGAAGGGAAGAGUUCACAAAAGCUAACAGAUACACAAAAUGUAAUCGCUGUUGUCAAAGCUACAUCGGCUGCUGCAAAAAACGCGCCCAAACGAAAAACAUCUGCCACGGCAACGGCUCUACCAAGAAACAAAAAUAAUUUGCCACACUACACAAAGAAACGGAGCCCCAAAAUGGGACCGUUGUUUCGAACAUAUGAUAACCAAAUGCUGGCAAGUCGCAAUGAUUUGUUAGUAAACAACGUCAGCUCGCAAAAGAAACGCAAUUGUCAUGCUGUGGCUGUGGUAAAGAUGUCCAAUGCCGAAAUUGAAGCAGAUACAACUUUGUUGGCCUCCGAUAUAGUGCUACCAUAUUGCAUACAACAACACUGGUUGUUUAUUACCCGCGAUAUACAGUUAGUGCAAGGCGUUGGUGUGGUUGCUACUGCAGCUGGUAAGAAUGUUGGCAGUUUAGAAGCAAUUUGGCAAGCGACAAGUGAUCGAGAGUCGCAAAUUACUCAUCGGAAGAUGCUUUUGCGGCGUCAAGCGAUGCAGUACCUCUCCACACAAUCGUUGCAGAAACUACCGAUGCAGGCAGCAAAACGCCGUUUGCUGUGUGUGGAUCGCUUGUUGAAAAAGUACGAGCGUCAUGGUGGAGAUGAUUUUAUCACUCCUAAGAAUUGUAACUUCGUUGGUUGCAGUAAAGGCGUCCUUGAAAUGGCAGCCCAAUGCGAAGAUCACAUUGUGGACAAUAUUUCGCAGCAUAUCUUCUUGCCGUGUACGGCGAAAUUCGCCGACAACACCCAAUGCCGUAUUCCUGUAUUUGACGUAAUGCACGAUCUGCCACUUUGUGCCGAACAUACGCGCAAGCGUGACGCCUAUAAUCGUGUCGUGCACGAUCAACAGCGAACUGGAAGUCACAAAAUGUCCACGGCAACUGUGCUUACACCAAUGACUCAAUCUUCUUUGGACUGUGAUGCCGGUGAUUUGUUACGCCAAUUACAAGAAAUUCAGCAUCAACAUAAACAACAACAGCAACAGUACCAACAACAUACACAUAUGCAGCAUAACCCACACGACACUGCUACGGUUGGCAAGAACAAGAAAUGCGUCAAUGUAAAAGCGACAACCACGCGUAAACGUAAAGUCCCCAAUAUACCCGCGUCCAAUACGGUCGGACGACCACAGAAACGUCCGCGUAAAAUAGGUUCUAACGGUGCGCCAUCUAUAGCUGCAGCAAUAGCGCCAUUGCAAUUGACUUCAGCAGUGUUACAACGUAAAGGCAGUACCACCUCGCUGGAAUCGAUUGCAAGUAAUUCGCAAUCCUCCAACUCACAGCCGCACUAUAUUUCCUCGAACAUAAAUGUUCAAGUUCAACCCAAGAUUGCGAUGCCCGCCUUGGCACCGCUUAGCGGGCACAAUGCGCCGAUCGUAAGCAGCACCUUGUCGGCGAGUUCGGGGCCAAAACGUAUGCUUAAUUUCAACACAGGCAGUGUUCGCGAAAGUGCUGCAACUCUGGCAGGCACCGAGAGUAUAAUAGCUCCUAAUUUGAAGCCACAUGAAAUUAAUCAACUGGUGGCACAGUUCUCCGUUGCAGUUAGCAGUAACAACAAUAAUAAUAACAAUGAAAAUAGCAACAGUCACACUGCAUAUAGCAACAGCAGCAUGAAUAACACUUAUAAUUACAUGAGUACAAAUUGUGACUCUAACUUCACUUCGGCACUGGGCUCAUCACCAUCAUUGCCGUCAUCAACGGAGGAAUUGUUCCGUCAAGAAUUGCUAAGUGUUUGUGAGAACAGUUCCGCCUAUGCCAGUUCUGAGGAUACCGGCUUGGGUGGAUUAAGUGAGACAGAGCUGAUGGUGGGUCCCAACGAUGCAGAUGACAUACCGUUGGGAGAUACACGCUUAUUGGAGGAGCAUGACCUAGCAAAUGUCCUUAGUGCCCUGCCAGAAGAUGCAUUCAACGAGUUAUUUACAGCAGUGCAUCAAGAAGAACGCGAAGAAGUUGAGCGUGCUCUUGAAUUGGCUGAUAAACAUCUAAAGAGCCUACAACAGACCAUUGGAUCAGAUAUUGAUUUCUUAGGAGAAUUUCCCGAUGAUGAUGAGAUCUUAGCUGAUCCCGAUGCAAUGUGUAGCAAAAUGGACAUGAUGCAUUCGCCAGAUGCUACGUCCGGCAUUGACACGUCAACACUAUUUAUUGAUAGUGGUAGCAACAGUGUAGGAGGAGGUGGUGGUGGGAGUCUAAAUUCAAGUAAUAUCGCUGACAUACGUGGUCUUGUACAAACGUAAAUACUGAGGCCAAGUAACGGUAUUUGCUGAGUUCAAUAGUACGUCUAUGGAUAUAAAUAUGAGUAAAAAAAUAUAAGAAUAUAUAAAAAGGUAAUGAUUACAGAAAAAAAAUGAAGAAAACACUAAAACUAAAAAGAAAAAAAUUAGUAAGAUAUUUGAUAGGAAAAGGAUUUGAGAACAUUUUAGCAUUGCGUGCUUUUAUUCCGAUUAGAUUGUACUAAUUAUAUACAAACAUUAAAAAUUUAGCCCUAGUUCUGCAUUUUUUUACUUGACUUUAUUCGCUUCGUACACAAUGCAAGUACGAAUUGCUGAAAUGUUUUGAGGUCCUUAAUAACAAUUAUAAUUAUUAAUACAAUUCAUGUAUAAUAAAAUAAUGCUAACUAAUGAAUACAUAUACAAUUGUAGCUGCUAUAUGUCUGUAAAGUAAAACAUCGUACUAAAGUAAGAAUGAUACUUUAUUAUCAGAUGUGUUUUAACCUCACAGACAAAUCGCAAAAACAUAAGGAACGUUGAUAUAUAGCAGACAUUAGUAAUAAAUAUGUUAAAAAAAUGAAAUCACAACUGAAAUCAAAGACCAUGAAAUAUGUAUGAAAAUAUUUAUUUCAUAAAAAAAGCUGAGAAACGUUUUACUAAAUGAAUAAUAACGGUAUCAAGCGUUGGGUAACUCGAUUGAGUAAACUUAAUCGCAGCGUAGUAUAUAAAAGUAAACAAGAAUUUAUGAAUUUCUGUAAAACAUUGAAGAAAGGAUGUGGGCAUGUUAACGGACAAGAACAGCAAUAUAUGGGAACUGAAAUUUUUAUUUGCUAGAUAGAGGGAUUUGUAUUAGCAUAAAUCUAAAGAAAUAUAUAUUGCUUAUUAUGAUAAAUGAACGAAUGUUGAGUCACCAAUAAACAAAAAUAAAUAACAUAAUAAUAAUACUAAUUUGUAUAUUAAUCAUAAUUUUCAGUAUUUAUUGGUGAAUACACAUUUGGUUUGCUUUUUCUACAAUGGAAGUAAACACUUGAAAUUUAUUGCGCUCUUUUGGAUGCAUUUUUGUUAUACAAUGUUUCGUUUCUUAUCGUUGCUUAACAUUCGUUCAUUUUUUCUCAAAAUUUUAAAUUAAUAAUAAUUAAAAGAUGUGUUUUACUUCAAGUAGCACUAAAAAAAGAGAGUAAAACUAAUUGAAUUCUUUGAAAGAAAAGCAAGUUAAUCAAUUUAAACCACAUUAGUGAACGAGCGAAGCGAAGCAGGCAUUUUGCAAGUAUAUUCUGCCACCUAAAUUGCAUUUAAUAUUUCCCCAUGUCUGCUAAAGUAUCACUGCUGCGCUCAAAAGCUUCGUAAACAAUAUGUGUUGGACUGAAAUUCAAAAGCAACUGCUGUUUAAAUGAUGGGAAGUGUUAUAAUAACCGAUAACCACUUGGGCAACCGCGCAUUGUAUUAUUAUAUAAAAUAUACUAUAACUAUAACUACUUUAAGCUAAUGCUUUAUACACUUUUAUUUUUUAUUUUCUUAUUAUGUUUCAUUGAGCUAAUGUUAUUUUUUUUUGGAAUUUGAAUAUAUUUAUGUACAUUAUGUUUUAGUGAUAAAUGACUUUAGUUAAUUGUAAUACAACAAAUCAUUAAGCUGAAAUCGAAAGUAACAAAUAUUUGGCAGUUUGAAUAUAUUUGUUUGUAUGUGUGUUUUAUGUACUCACAGAACAUUAAUACUAAUUUCAUUGCAUACUCGUAUGUACAAAUUCAGCAACAACAUAUAUCACUACAUUUGUAUGUACAUAGAUGAAUAUAGUAGGCAUGUCCGAUUUGUUGUUUUUAUCUUCUGCUACAACUCAUUAUGUAAUUAUAUAUAUAGUACAUUUGGCAUGUAUGUAUGUUGUAUCGUCUGUUUGUGGUAAGCUUUUAAUAUCCUUUAACUCUUCAAAAAAUAUUCUGUGUAACCAAAAAUACAACAAAAAACACAAAAAUAUAAAAUUAAAAAAAAAACGUUUUCUCAGCAAUGAAUAAGUUUGUAUUUAGCUGUACAAUAUAUUUAGCUUUUAACUUGUAUAUUUUCACCAACUCACACACUUCGUUCAAUCAUGAAUUCUCAUCUCAUUUGUCAUCUACGCUCGAGUAUUAUAAUAUGUACAUAUGUAAGUGCAUUUUAACUAAUUUCUAUAUUUAUACAAUUACGCUCAUCUCUCCAUUCUCCAUCAUGCUGCACACACAUUUAACACAUGUGAACGUACACUUUCACAUAUACACAGAUGUAAAUAUAUAUGUAUAACAACACUAUUUGUAUAUAUAAAUACACAAUCUAAUUUGCCUACCAGCUGGGAUGGAAAAGGUGUGAAUAGUGAGUGCGGUUAACGGUUAGCGAACCCGUUACUUAGGGUGAAUGGGGGGCUACUAUAACUGCACAGAAUGUCUGAAGAUGGUAUCCUUCUUAUUGUACUCGUACAACAACCAACAACCAAUCUAUAGUCAGUCAAAUGUCCUGUACUAUAUACUGAAUUAAUGUUGAAAAUCGACUAUGUAAUUACUCGUACAACAUCUGUAUGUAUAUGUGUAUGAAAACCCUCUAGAAAUUAAAUAUGAAAAAUUGUAUAAAGCGCGAAUUUAUAUUGCGCCCAAUAGAAUUGUACAAAAUGUAUUUUAAUCCAACUGAAUGAGAACCUAAAAUAUUUGCAAGCAAAUUGUAAAAAAAAAAACACAUAAAAUGAACCGCAACUCUGGUAAUAUCGAACAAAAUUUGUUAUAUAGUGCAUAUACAUAAAUUUAUAAUUUAACUUUUAAUUAAUAUUUUGUUAAAACAUAGCUUUUAUUAAAUAAAUACAUAAAACUAUUAUUUUCUAGACACUAUAUAAGCAUAUGUAAUUUAACCGCAAAUGAAUUACACUUACAUAUAAGUAUAUACAUACAUACAUAUAGAUUUGCAUAUAUACAUACAUAUACAUAUAUACUUGUAUAUGAAUGGUAUAUGUAUAUAAAUAAUAAACAGCUAUUUUUAUUUAAUAAUACUUAUAUAAAUGAAAUUAUUGCUGCAUUAAAAGUGAAACCAAGUUAUACAAACAAAACAUAACAGUAAAAAUUAACAAAGUAUGUAAAUUACAUCGGAAGAAUGAGCUCUUUAUGUAUGUAGUUAAUAGCGAAAGAAAUCGUUACAUACCACUUGUGUAUGCUGCAACAGCAAGUGUCAGAUUUAUGUUCACAUUCAAAUGCACGCAUACAUUCUUAAAUUACAUAUUGUGUAACUUUCUUUCGUAAUUUCUGCAUUUGUGAUUUAUUUUUGUACGAUUAAAAUAAAAUUUUUAACAAAAACUGAAUAAUCUGAAGGAAAAAAGAAUUUUUUAGAAAAUAAAAAUAAACAAAAAACCAAAAUGUGA